UGCAAGCUGUGCUACACUGCUAGCUGUGCAUUAGCCUGUAACAGUUGUGUAUGGACUCACGUUAAAUUGCUCAAAUGUUGUUCAUGUUUUUAUUAUUUUCACGAUCCAUUGAGCUUUAACUCGAGGCCUGUCGUAUUGCGUUGCUUUCAUGGCGUUUUGCGGUUUUCGUAUUGUAUUGUGUAAGUGGUAUGCUAAAUCUAGACCGGUUUUUAAAGCUAACGCUGACACAAACUGCCCUUGUUUGUACACUUGAAUAGUAAUCAGACAAUUCCAGCGAAAGAGUGGGGCUUUAAGCAUUCAGUGUGUGAAAUCCGCUUCAUUUCACGCACUGCUGUUGCUUUGAAUUGUGUAAAAGGCAUGAAUUGAUUGACUGAUGGCGGCAGUCGACGUAACAACAGAGGGGACCAGUCAUUGGUCGAAGGGUUUAUUUUGGAACGAAGAAGGCGGAAAUUAAAGGUCCUGAACGCAUUGGUAGAUAUAAACAAAGCACGUUUACUUGAUCUUUAUUGACAUUAAAGGUAUUUGAUGUGCGUAUGUCUGAUCACCCCACAUCGUUAAUUACAUAUUGAGUAUGUUGUAUGUCGUGCGGAUUUACCUGCACCACUGAGUUAUGUUUCAUGAUAAAUAUGUUUUUACUGGCAGCAUUUGUCUAAUAUAGUGUGCAAAAUAUCCGUAAAAACGGCUUGUUUAUUAUGAUGUUGACCAGAUACCUCAUAGGUUGACAGCUUUGUUUUGAGUUUUCAGAUCAGCAAAACAAAAUGUAUUUGUUUAUGACAAGAUGGUAAUCCUGUUAAUUGUUGUAUUACUUAUUGGCAAGUCAGUGAUAAAGAACACAUUAAAUUCAUGUAUCUCUCUCUUACCUGGUACAAAACAAACACAAUGACACUGCCAAUCUUGGGGUGGCACAAGUUUGGGAUGUCCAGUUCACGUCGACAUUACAUUUACAGAACUAUUUACCAGGCAUGAGAAUCCCUCACCUUUCGGCGAAAUUCGCCGUUUUGAAACCAAAAUAGGUGACUUACGUGAAUCUUGUAGAUCCGAAGAGUUUUUGUUUGGGGGGGGGGGUCAAUUGGCCGGCCGGCGUUUCUGAGAUUGGAGUGGGACACGGAGAAAAUGUGGAGUGUUGCUCUUCGCAAUAAAACAUCUUUGAUGGGACGUGUCGCGUCUCGGCCAAUCAGCGUCAAGAUGUCUUCAGCGUUUGGUGGUUUAGGUUAGCUUGAAUGUUAGCCCGCUACAUCUGCUGCUGUCACGCUGCACGGUGUAGCGAUACUAACAAAGUACCCGUACGUUAAGAGCGAUGUGAUUUAGCAUAUUUUUAGCAUGAUACUUCAUUAAAAGAGCGCGGGAUCAGAGCGCACGCGCUGCUCCGUGUCAAGCUGUCUGCGCACACUGCGCAGCGCUCAGCGAGUGCGUUAAGUGGCGGAAUUUUCGGCUUUAAAAAUAAAAAUAAAAAAAGAUGCCAGAAGUGAAAUAUUUAAGUUCAGUCUGUAAAUUUCUGUAACUCUACAGCUGCUCAUCCUGAUGAACUCUGUAUCCUCUGGUCAGAUACAGACUAACGGCCUCAGUGUAUAAUCAAUGCUAUCAUGGCUCCAUGUAGUUUCAUUAAUAUCUUGUAGGCUAAUACUAAUAAUACUGCCAUUUGUUAAGUGUUGAAAAAGUUGGUAAAAAGUGAACCAUACAGAUAUUUUAUUUAUUACUAUUAUAGAUCAAUAUACCAGUAUCGUUUUUAUGGUAUUGUAUCAGUAUCAUGAUAUUUAUGGCAGGUAUGGUAUAGAAGAUCGUGACAACCAGGUAAAGGCAGAACAGACUCGAGGAACAGACUCAUGGCUCAGCAGAGCACAAGAUUUAAAGACUUGUUCACGCCAACAACAAAAAAAGAGCCUCCUGGACGAAAUGACACAGAGACGCGAGCUGAGUCGUUAGCCGGACCAAGUCAAGUAAAGGAAGAUAAUGCAGCAUCCACCACAGCUGCCGUUGCCAAGAAGACAGAACCCAUGAGUGGUAUGUCAUCAAUGCUGUCAUCACAGCAGCCUGGGAAGGAGGCUUUAAGUGCUGGAGAGGAGGGAGUGAAAUGGUCACCUGCCUCCUCCCCAACCAAACCAGCAGCAGGACAUGCAGCAAAAUCCAUUUCAUCUGUGUCCUCCUCUUCGUAUUCCUCCUCUCCUUCCACGUCUACAAUGUUGUCUCCUGGCCGAGCAAAGAUGAGUGUUUCUGGACCCAGCAGUAGCAAAUCCGUCCUGGCACCUGCUCCUUCCUCCUUCUCCUUCUCCCCCUCAUGCUCCUCCUCGUCUUCCUCGUCCUCUUUGUCUUCGUCUUCCGCCACAGCUUCUUCGUCUCCUUCUGUCUCCCUUGCCCCAACCAAGAUCCACCGGGCCCGCAAGACCAUGAACAGGCCUCCACCGGGGCAGAUAAGCCAAGUUGAGACACCUGUCGCACCUGUGACGCCUUCAGGAUCCUUAGAUUCUGAAACUGUUGCAAAAAGGAGGAAACUGGGUCAGUUAUCCGAUGGAACACCUGAGACGUCAGAGACCGUUCCAGAAAAUGCUCAAACUGUGGGAGAACCAGUGUUCCAUAAAAAGGUGGACUCUGUCACCAAUAUCACAUCAGAGAAAAACAACAGCAGUGUGGGGAAGUCAGAGGAGGAUGUAACAGAUAUUCAGAUUUCCAGUCCGUCCGCUCAAGAUUCAGAAAAGUUUGAGGAUGGUGUGGCAGAAGCAAGAAAGCACAAACAAGACAUAGAGGGAUCAGUGAACAUGUCAGAUCAUAGUUCAGAGUGCAAAACAAAAGGAGCCGUCAAAAGUAGAAAUGAGAGCGAGGAGUCUUUUUGGCCGCAGUCAGACCAGGAAAAGGAGAGAAACACAGCCGAUGUGGUGGAGACGGUGGAAGAGAGGCCCACUGAGUACACAGAGGUUCCCCUGGGUGCUCUGGACAUCGCUGCUGCUGACAGUCUGACACUUUCUCCUCAUCACGAAGGAAGUGAUGCAGGAGACACAGAGCGGCUGGAGGAGCUUCCUCUCUGCAGCUGCAGGAUGGAGGCUCCUCGAGUCGACAGCACCAGCCACCGCGUCAGCAGACAGUGUAUGGCCACCGAGAGCAUCAAUGGAGAGCUGAGGGCUUGUACCGAUCGGACGAUAAAAGGAGAGACCAUGCGUCCGUCCAGUCGGGUGUCCCUCAUGGUGCUUUGCGAAGUCCAUCGAUCACACAUGGUCAAACACCACUGCUGUCCUGGGUGUGGAUACUUCUGCAUAGCGGGCACAUUUCUCGAGUGCUGCCCGGACCAGCGCAUCGCUCACCGUUUCCACCGGGGUUGUGUGACGGUGCUGGGCAGCGGGCGCAGCAGAGCAAACGGAGGCGGGAUGCUUUUCUGUCCCCACUGCGGCGAAGAUGCCUCCGAGGCCCAGGAGGUCACCAUCCCCUGCUUCAGCUCGGCCACGGCCUCCGCAACCACCGUCGUCACCAUGUCGGCCUCCUCCACGACCACCCCGUCUCUGCCGCCCUCUGUCCCCACAGCGCCCUCCCUCACGGCCUCAACGGGAGGGAUGAAGGACGGGAAGAUGCCCGAGCGACCUGUCAGCGCACGUAUGCAUAGUCAUGGCUUGGUGACGCUGGCGGUGGAGCAGCAGCCCCCGCAGCCUGUCGGCUCUGCCGCAACGGUGGCCACCAUCCCGCCAGCAGAGGAGGGAGUGGACAGCGUGGGGCCCUCUCUCUGUAUGCCAAAUGGGAAACCCAUCAGCCCGAGUGCACUUCCGCCUGGGCCCAGCAGGGCAUCGCUGCAGAAAGCCAUUCUCACACAGGACACUGAGAGGAGGAAGAAACUGAGGUUCCACCCCCGCCAGCUUUACCCUGCGGCCAAGCAAGGAGAGGUGCAGAGAGUCCUGCUCAUGCUGAUGGAGGGCAUAGACCCAACAUACCAGCCCGACUCUCAGAACCGCCGCUCGGCUCUACAUGCUGCAGCUCAGAGAGGUUUGCUGGAAGUCUGCUACAUUCUUGUUCAGGCCGGUGCCCAAGUGGAUGCCCAGGACAAAGACCGUAGGACCCCUCUGUUGGAAGCGAUCAUCAACAAUCACAUUGAGGUGGCUCAUUACCUGAUCCAGAGCAGUGCCACUGUCUAUCAUGUUGAGGAGGACGGAUAUACUGGUCUCCAUCACGCAGCCAAGCUGGGAAACCUGGAAAUUGUCAACAUGCUUUUAGAAACGGGGCAGGUUGAUGUUAACGCACAGGACAACGGCGGCUGGACGCCGAUCAUCUGGUCUGCGGAGCACAAACAUGUAGAUGUGAUAAAAGUGCUGCUGAACAGAGGCGCUGAUGUCACUAUUAGUGAUAAGUCCCAUCCCUCCCUUCAGGAGCUGAACGUGUGUCUCCACUGGGCGGCGUAUGCAGGCAACGUGGAUAUAGCCGAGCUGGUGUUGAACUCUGGCUGCUCCCUCGCCUCGGUUAACAUGCACGGAGACACGCCGCUCCACAUCGCCGCUAGAGAAGGCUUCCUGGAGUGUGUUACGUUGUUCCUGUCCAGAGGUGCAGACAUUGACAUCGUGAACAGGGAAGGAGACACGCCCCUCAGCCUGGCACGGGUCGACACGCCGGUGUGGGUGGCACUCCAGAUCAACAGGAAGCUGAGAAGGGGAAUAACCAAUCGCAUGCUUCGCACUGAGAGAAUCAUCAGCAGUGACAUAGCGCAGGGCUAUGAGAACGUGCCGAUACCCUGCGUGAACGCAGUGGACGACGAGGUCUGUCCUUCAGACUACAAAUAUGUCUCAGAAAACUGUGAAACUUCAGCAAUGAACAUCGACCGCAAUAUUACACACUUACAGCACUGUAGCUGCUCUGACGACUGCUCGUCCAGCAACUGCCUGUGUGGACAGCUCAGUAUCCGCUGCUGGUACGACAAGGACCAGCGGCUGCUCCAGGAAUUCAACAAAAUUGAACCCCCACUUAUAUUUGAAUGCAACAUGGCAUGUUCCUGUUACCGGACGUGCAAGAACAGAGUGGUACAGGCAGGCAUCAAAGUGCGUCUUCAGCUCUACAGGACAGAGAAGAUGGGCUGGGGAGUUCGAGCUCUGCAGGAUAUUCCACAAGGGAGCUUCAUCUGCGAAUACGUCGGGGAGCUCAUCUCUGACGCAGAGGCAGAUGUUAGAGAAGACGACUCCUACUUGUUUGACCUGGACAACAAGGACGGGGAGGUGUACUGUAUUGAUGCCCGGUACUAUGGCAACAUCAGCCGCUUCAUCAACCACCUGUGUGACCCAAACCUCAUCCCGGUACGCGUGUUCAUGCUGCACCAGGACCUGAGGUUUCCCCGCAUCGCCUUCUUCAGCUCCAGAGACAUCCACAGCGGACAAGAGCUGGGAUUCGACUAUGGAGACCGCUUUUGGGACAUUAAGAGCAAGUAUUUCACAUGUCAGUGUGGAUCAGAGAAAUGCAAGCACUCGGCCGAAGCCAUCGCCUUGGAGCAGAACAGACUGGCUCGACUGGAGGCCUGCCCAGAAUCGGGAGCAGACUGUGGGAUGACCAUGCUGGGAAACUCUUAAAACACUUACAAAAGGGGGCUUCAGAUAGACCUCCUCCAUUUCACAUGUGCACAAUGGCAAUAGAAGUAUACGUUGAGGGUUUUAACAUCUUCUACAUUCUGUGUUUGGUGCCAUUUUCUUGAAAUGUCCUUAUUUUUCUUGUUGAUCAUGUACCCUGUGGUAGAGGAAAUGGAAAACGAAUGUUUUAAACUGUGUGAUGCUGUACAUACAGUAUGUCUACUGUAUAUAUCACUGUCUGUUUUUCUUGGCACAUGAAGUUUGUGCAUUCGUAGUCUGCCAUCAUGUAACAUCAUGUCAAACAUAUCUGUUUUCUGUUGUGCCAACAAACGUAAAGCAUUUAUGACACAGUCCAGCAUUGGGUCCACCCUAAGCCCGCACUGGACUCAAUGAGGACCUGUGUAUAUCAUUGUUUUUGUAUCAUUGUCAGCGUUAUUUUCUUUAUUUUUAUACGCAUUGUUUUCUUUAUCACAUUUAGUGUAAUAAAUUAGCUCAUGAGUUGAUCUUUGGGCUCUUGUA